GCAUCCUUCAGUACGCCAUAUUUGCUCAUAUGAUUCUAAGCAAUCUGUGAUUCAUUAAUACGUGAUUCGCUAAAGUCACUUACUGUGAGUGUACAUAAAGCGUGUGCAGUCUGCUUUUACCUCACAAUGUUUCGUAGUUCCUUGUUUGAUAAAUGCCUUGAGAAGGCAACCAGCCACUUGCUACUUGAACCAGAUUGGGAUUCCAUGUUACAAAUUGUGGAUGCUGUCCGGCAGAAUGAUGUCCAACCAAAACUUGCUGUGCUUGCUAUUAGGAAGAAAAUUGCAGUUGAUAAUCCCCAUGUUGCUUCAUAUGCCUUACAAGUCCUGGAGACCUGUGUUAAAAACUGUGGGGCUACAUUUCAUCAAGAAGUUGCUACUAAAGAUUUUAUGGAAUUUCUGAAAGAUCAAGUGAAGGUCCGUUCAGAUCCUGUCAAAGGAAAGAUUCUUGAACUUAUUCAAACAUGGUCCCAUGCCUUCCGUAAUGAACCAAGCUACAGAGCUGUAGAAGAUACAUUCCACCUGCUGAAGAUGGAAGGGCACAAGUUCCCAGUCUUGAAGGAAGCUGAUGCCAUGUUUUCUUCAGAGAAAGCUCCAGAGUGGAAAGAUGGGGAGACAUGCACUCGAUGUAGAGUACAGUUUGGCAUGGUGCAGCGCAAGCACCACUGCCGCAAUUGUGGAUAUGUCUUCUGCCAGAAAUGCUCAAGUAAAAAUUCUAUAAUACCCAAAUUUGGUAUUGAGCGUGAGGUUCGUGUCUGUGACUCAUGCUAUGACAAGAUCAACAAAGCAGGUGGCAAAAAGGAUGAUGAGGUGUUGCCGUCUGAGUACCUUGCCAGUCCUCUGUCCAAGCAGUCUCAGGUUCCACCAGCUCGCUCUGAACAGGAAAUAGCUGAGGAGGAAGAGCUGCAGCUUGCUUUGGCUUUGUCACGCUCAGAGGCUGAAUCAAAAGAGAAAGAGCGUGACCGUUUGAGGCAGAACUAUGGUGUCUAUGGAGGUAGCAGCAGCAACAAGCCUACUUCUCAUCCAGAUGGUGCUCAGACCACUGUCAUACCCUCCAUUGACACAUCAGAUAUGGAUCCUGAAUUGGCCCGUUACUUAAACCGAAACUAUUGGCAGAAACGCUCUGAAGAGGCCAAAGUUGUCACAACAAUGCCUUCUGCUCCUAUUGUGACUAAUGCUCCACAAACCACAGGGACUAAGACUACUGAGAUUGCUCUUGGUAUGGAGCAACCUAUUCAGAAUGGAGAACAGUCUGAAUCUGAAAAGGCACAGUUCUUGGCUGCACUUCAGAGCAGCCUGGAGAUUUUUGUCAACCGCAUGCGCAGCAAUUCCCAGCGAGGACGGCCUAUUGCUAAUGACUCCUCUGUACAGUCCCUUUUCACUGUGAUCAGCAACAUGCAUCCACAGCUGCUGAAGUAUCAACAAGAACUUGAAGACAGUCGCUCAUACUUUGAGGGACUGCAAGACAAGCUGACCCAGUUGCGUGAUGCCAGAGAAGCCCUGGACUCACUGCGAGAGGAACAUCGGGAAAAACGUCGUCGCGAACUUGAGGAAAUGGAGAGGCAGCGCCAGAUACAGAUGAUGCAAAAACUAGAAAUAAUGCGCCAGAAGAAACAUGAGUACUUGGAGAUGCAGCGACAACUGGCUUUACAGCGUCUUCAGGAACAGGAACGAGAACUGGCCAUGAGAUUAGAGCAGCAAAAGCAGCUUACCCAUAUGCGUCAAAUGCAGACAUAUGGAUACCCACAAGUGUAUGGACAAAUGCCACCGCAGAGUAUGAUGCCAGGUAUAAUGCCUCCUCCAGGUAUAGCAGCUGGUCCUCAGAGUGUGGUACAUGGCUACAGCCCUGCCCGCUCUACUGAAGGCUCACCUGUGCAUCACGUUGGUGGGUAUGGCCAGUCUCUGCCUCAGCAAAAUAUUCCACCAGGUCUGGAGGGCUCUCAGCUUCCCCAGGGGAUGUAUAUGCCACCUGGGGUAAGCCAGUCUGUGUACACACAACCACAGACACUUGCUAUGGGACCAGGAGGAAACCAGGCCUACAUUCCACAGCUGGGUAGCAUCCCAGGUGGCUACCAAUCGCAGGGACAGAAUCAACCUCAUACUCAGGGAGAAGUAGGGCAGCCUCCACAAGCACCAACAUACGUCCCUUCAGUAUCUAUGGGCUAUGUGGAGCAGGGACCACCUAGCAUGGGUCAGCCAUCCAUUCAGGGAGGGCCUGUGUCUCUUGCCACUCAACCCUAUUCAGUUCCACCUCUUAGCAUGGACUAUUCUUCUUUCAACAUGCAAAGCAUGGCAGGUGCAUUACCCCAGCAAAAUUUAUAUAGUAACCAACAACUGAAUCAACAACCAGGCCAGCAGUAUAUAGGUGGCAUGCCUGCCACAUAUCCCAACCAGAUGGGUCCACCUUCAGUCCAGCCACAUCAGCAGCAGCCACCACCACCACCAACCAUCAGCCAGCAGCAACCACCUAUAGGUCAGCAGCCACCCAUACCACAACACCAGCAAGCUGAGUCUUUGUUGGAUGCACAGCUUAUCUCAUUUGAUUAGUUCCUUGAUGGUCCUUUGCAAGCAUAUGUAUAAGAAUAGAGGAGUGCUUGUCUAAAACAUUUUGGUCAAAAAUUUUUAUAUUGUGAUCAUUAUAUGCGGACAUUUUCAUUGUCAAGAAAAAAAAAAGGCAUUGCAAUGCUGGUUCUGCUUAACUUAUAAGUAAUGCAUUCUCAGUGUAGUUUUUAUGUUGUAUAUUGGCUCACAUUCAGCUAGACUGGGGAGAAUAUAACCAAAAAAAAGUGCAAUAUCUGUUUUUGGUGACACUUGCAGAAAUGAAAAGGAACUGAAGUGUCUUGAAACUGAUGGACUAGAAAACUUGAGUUGAACUAUGAAAUAUAGAUGCUUAAUUAAGCUGAAACAUGUGGAACUUGUCUCCUUGCUUGUAGAAAGCAAUGCGAAGAGUGAUGUAUACUGCAUGAGCUUUUAAUUUUUCUUCCUUUUCAGACUCAAAAAGACUUGUGUUAGGUUGUAAACAGUAUUUCUUUUGCUUGUUAUCAUUCCACUUCUUGGCAUUGCUAUGGCUUGGUAUAAUGACAUCUGUGACUUGCACUGGUAAGCUAUGCUUUUAAGUGAUAAAAAGUUUAACAUGAUACAUGCUGGCCUGAGGCAGGUAUGUUAGAUAAAAAUGUUUAUUUGCCUAUCAUAGGCAUGUUGUUGCUUAUGAUUUUGAUGACUUAGCAGAACUAUGAUUUGUACAAGUUGAUAAAUCUAGAAGUUAAAAAAAAAAAAAAA